AUGACAUUUUAUAAAUGUAUAAAAAUAAAAAACCGUCAAAGUAAAAUUUCAAAGAAAGAAAAAGUUCCCGCGAAAAUGAGUUCAAUUUCCCCUCUUCGCGCGGUGUGGAUUAUGGCGGCGCUGCUUCUUCUUGCCAACACCGUCACGGUGGUGAAUUCCAUCCCCAACCGAGAACUAAACUCAAUGCUCAACACUCUCCGAUCAAGAGGCUACCAUCUCUUCUGCAACGCAAUCCUCACCUCCGAUCUCCGAUUCGAUCUUCUCUCCUUCGACGAUGCAAACUCAACCUUUACACACUCUUUCACUUUCUUCGCUCCCACCGAUUCCUCCCUCUUCGCACUCGACAUGACGCAAUCCGCGUCGUCUUAUACCAAUACUCUCCGCUACCACAUCGUCCCUCGCCGUCUCUCUCUUGGAGAGCUUCGUCUCCUUCCAAACGGUUACACGCUCCCUACACUUCUUCACACGCGCCAUCUUAAAGUCACGCGCCAUUCGGCGUCUUCUGUUACUUUUGUUGACGGCGUGGAAGUUUCUUUGCCGGGAAUCUUUUACGGCCGUCACGUCGUCGUUCACGGCCUCGCCGGAAUUCUUAAUCCCCGAUCUAAUAAUAGUUCUAUUCAUUCUCCAGAUCACCGUCAUUCCUCGUCAAGAACGGCUUCGCAUUCUUCGGUAAAUCAAACAAUUCUUGAUCCAGUUCAAAAUUCGGUUUCGAUCAACUUCACUGGCAACCGGCAAGAUUCUUCUCAUCCGGUUGAUGCUCCGGUACCAGAGCCAGCAAAAGCGCCGGGAAUCGGAACUAUUCACGCUCAUUCUAGUGUGAAUUUUAGUAAAGUUCCUUCUAUUGCGCCGGUUUUGCCUCUACAAGAUCCUGCUUCUGCGAGAUCUGUUUCCCCGGCUGGAUAUUCCGAUGCGGAGGCUCCGGCGCCGGUGGAUCUGGAUCCGGUGGUGCAGAAGAAUAGUAGAGUUUCGUUGUUGGAAACGUCGGUGAAAUCUGAAGCGUUGGAUGAAGUGAGAAAGUGUAAGACUGAAGCCGUUGGAUUGAAAAAUAGUGCUGAUCAGAUGCAGUGCUAUGCAACCUAAGCUCGUUCGU